AUGCACGAACAAGACCCCCGCUCCUCCAGCACCACCGCGCCCUCCACAACCAUCACCAUAACCACAGACCCUCCCCCCGCGCCCACACCAAAACCCCGAGCCCUCUACUUCGCCUACGGCUCGAACCUCUCGUUCACACAGAUGCGCAUGCGCUGCACGCACAACCCGGACCUCUCGUCGCGGCCAGUCGCCAUCGCCCGUCUCGACCACUGGCGCUGGCUGAUCUGCCAAUACGGGUACGCGAAUGUGAUCCCGCCGCGAGGGCUGCGGGUCGACCGACAAAUCGAUUCCGGGGACGAGGUGCCGGUCUCGGGGCCCGAGGAUACCGUGUACGGGGUGUUGUAUGAGAUGGAUGAGGCGGAUGAGAUACUCCUGGAUGGGUAUGAGGGGGUGGAUACGGAGCGUCCGGCAUCCGGGCAGACGGGGAAGGUGCCUGUCGGGGUGAGGCCGAGGGAGCAGGGACGUGGGUCUUAUAAUAAGUGGUAUGUGGAUGCUGGGGUGACGAGGUGGUUGGUUGGGGAGGAGGAGAGGAGGAGGUGGGUGGGUGAUGGGGAUGCGUCGACGACGAGGGUGUUGGUGUAUGUGGAUGAGGUGGGCGUGGUGGUGGAUAAGCCGAAGGAGGAGUAUGUUCCGAGAAUGAAUCGGGCGAUGCGCGAGGCCGAGACUAUAGGGUUCCCGAAGGAGUGGGCGGACGAGGUGAUGAGGAAGUUUAUCCCGCCGAAUUAG